AAAAAAUAAAAAACAAUGUCAUGGGAAUUGCAAUAUAAUAUAGAUAAACUAUGUUAAAUGUCAAUAAAAAACAAAUGGACAUGAGUUGAGUUCCGUCUAACGGCAACAAUGUCCACCUUUAGCUCAAUAACAACCUCAAAUGCCUACUACAAUGUCUACUUUCAAAGCCUCAAGUACACUAUACCCAUUACUACUCAAUCUUGUUUCAAAAGGAGAAAAAGAAGCUCAUCAAUCGUGUCAUCAUCUAAUGAGAUGAUGAACAAAUCCAUGGAUGAGUUGUUAGUAGUUUCAACUAUUUCAAGAAGACAAGUGGUGAAUGUGUUGAUUUUGACUGGUUUUUUAUUAUGGGAUUCUUUAGAGAGAUUUGGUAUGGCUAUGAGUGAGGUGUUGGAGCUUGAAAGAUAUACAGAUUCAGUACAAGGUUUCACUCUCCUUAGACCUUCUUCUUGGAAUAAGGUUGAUAAAGCUGGGGCGACCGCCCUAUUUCAGGAUGCAAACAAGGGAUCCAACAAUGUGGGCGUUGUGGUUAUCCCUGUGAAAAUAACAACCCUUAGCCAAUUCGGGGAUCCACAAUUUGUGGCCGAUAAGCUAAUUCUGGCCGAAAAGCGCAAGGAAAGUACAAAGGAGGCUGAGGUGGUUGCAGUAUCAGAGAGAACGGGAGAAGGAGGUCUUCAAGUAUAUGAGUUUGAGUACAAGGUUGAUAGCACGAGGGGAGGGUUGAAGAGGAUACUUUCUGCUGCAUUUGUGGCGUCUGGCAAGCUCUAUCUGUUAAAUAUUGCUCACUCUGAUGGGUUAGAAAAUCCUAUUGACCCAGAUAGAAGAAGUACGUUGGAACAGAUUCUACAUUCCUUUGAUAUAGCUCCUUCAGUUUAAAUUGACAUGAGCUCAUUUUGUUUGCCUCAUUGAGUUCGUCCAGCAUACCUUCCGGUGUCAUCAAAACCGAAGGUAUGCCCUCAUUUUUUAAAAAUUUUGGGUCCUAUGUUGUAAUUCUCUUACUUAAUAGGACUAACCUCUUUAUCUUUAAUACAAGCCUCACAUUCAUCUUGA